GCAAAGGGGAACGCACACAUAUCAUCGACGGCUAAUUGCUUAUAAAAAAAUCUAAUGGGAUCGUCUUUAUUGAAGAUAAAUUGAUAUGGUAUCGAUAAAUAAUGUUUCUAAAGUAAUACCAUUAUUUAAAUGGUAAUAUUACAAACCUUCAAAAUAAAGGGUAACUAGAGGAGGGAAAACCUAGCGCCUGGUGUGAAGAGAAAGGCUUGCGACCAACUGAAAUUCUCCUCCCACGAUUCCUUGAGGUCUGAUUACCCUGGAAAAGAGGGGAAUGGAGGCUGCUCAGAUCGGAGUGGUCAGGGACUCCAUGCUGGCUAAUCCUCUUUUAAUUAGGUCACGCCUGGGGAAGACCCGGUCAAGGGGGCUGUCCUUCCCGGGACCAGACUUUGUGUACGGGAUGGCAACAACCGUCAGGGACGGGGGUGUUCCAGAAGCCAUCUCCCACUGGCACUCGCAGUCCCGUGGCCAGUCCAGCGCCCGUGCCAAGAUGGGGGAGAAGGACUUUGUGGCACUGAACCGGGAGGGGGUGAAGUCGGGCCUGGUGACGGCCAAGGAGCACUACCAGUACCGCGCCAGCCACGACAUCAGGCGCCUGAUCCCAGCCAGGGCGGGCACACUGGCUGCACCUCCCAAGAUUCCUGACAUCACUUUUGGGGCCCCCACACGCCCCUCCACUCCCAUCGCUGGCCUGAUGGAGCACCAGUACUCCAAGAGCUGGCUGGAGGAGCAGCGCGCCAAAGGCCAAGCCAGGCUGGAGAGACGACACAAGAGGGCCCGUCUGGGGUGUAUACCGGAGACGCGGACCACCAUUCUGAGGAAGAGCUGUCCAAUCGCUGAGCCCCCCUCCUUGUGGAAACUGCCUCGUUUCCAGGAGGUGGGACCCGCCCUGGACACCUUCCGCAGCCCCGAGGCUCGGAAAGUGGCUUUCAGCGCACACUACUCUGACUCCGUGGCGCGCAGAGGGCACCUGGGGCAAGGCACCUACAACCUGGCCUAAACCUGUGAUGGGAAAGGGCUGGAGACAGGGAGAGAAGGAGGGGCAAAAGGC